AUGGAAGUUCGCCAACUUUCGGAGGAUGAGGUUUGGACGUUGGAAGAGAUAAAGAGGAGAUUAAAGGAACUUGAUGUUUUCUUCCAAAGUGAUUUGAAACAGAAAGCGCACAGUAAUUGGGCUUCGUUCGGGGACGAUAAUACUAAAGAUAAUUUCAAGGAGAAUAUGUCGCGAAGACCCAAGCUUAUAUGCUAUGGGUUGAAGAAGCUCACGGCGCAUGAAGCUGAUAAUAUUGUUAGUGUUUUUUUGACUCAAGAAGUUAAGCGGGCGCUUUUUGAUUGUGGAGCAGACAAAGCACCAGGCCCAGACGGUUUCAAUUUCCGGUUCAUUCGGUCUUUCUGGGAUUUGUUCGAGAGUGAUUUUGUUGAUAUUAUGAACCACUUCCACGGUAGAGGCCGGUUCAGUUCCGGGGUGGGGUCUUCUUUUAUUACGUUAAUUCCGAAGGUGGGUGAUCCGUCAGUUCUUGGGGACUUUCGUCUGAUUAACCUUAUUGGAUGUAUUAGUAAGGUUGUUUCAAAGGUGUUGGCCAAUCUUCUUAAGUUGGUCAUGGGUAAAAUUGCCUCAGAACACCCGUCAGCAUUUUUGACAGGGAGAUCUUCUGUUUUGGUGAAUGGGUCGCCUACUUUUGAGUUUGGGUGGCAAAAAGGUAUUAGGCAGGGAGAUCCGAUUUUGCCUUUUUUAUUCAUUAUCGUGAUGGAGGCGUUCUCGGGUAUGAUGAAAAAGGCGUGUGAUAUAGGAGCGUUUGAUGGCCUGAGAAUGCCUAAUGAUGGUACGGUUUUAUCGCAUUUGUUGUAUGCAGACGACACGAAGUUGAUGGGGGAAUGGUCUUCUUCAAAUUUUAAGAACAUGAAAAGGAUUCUCAGAAUUUUUUAUUUGUGUUCUGGAUUGAAACUAAAUUUGUAUAAGUCGGUUUAA